UCGUGUUGCUGCUGCGCGCGCCUCCAGCGCUCCACGACGAGAAGGAGAGGUGCCAUGAGGCGUUCGCGCCGUGCCCACCCGUCUCACGCACCAUGGUCCGCAUCACCACCUGGAACGUGAACGGCAUCCGCAACCCCUUCGGAUACCAGCCAUGGCGCGAGAAGCGCACCUUCGACUACAUGUUCGACGUGCUCGAGGCCGACAUUGUCGUCAUGCAAGAGCUGAAGAUACAGCGGAAAGACCUGGGCGACGACAUGGUGCUGGUCCCCGGCUGGGACUGCUACUUCAGCUUGCCCAAACAUAAGAAGGGCUACUCUGGCGUCGCCAUCUACACGCGCAACGCAGUGUGCGCCCCCAUCCGCGCCGAAGAAGGCCUUUUGGGUGUUCUGUGUCCGCCCGGCUCUUCGACGCCAUACCGAGACCAGUCUGAAGACGCCGCCAUCGGUGGCUACCCCACGCCCUCCCAGGUCGCCUCACUCGGCGUCGACCCUGCCGCCCUCGACGCCGAAGGCCGCUGUGUAGUCCUCGAGUUCCCUGCCUUCGUCAUCUUUGGCGUCUACAGCCCAGCCAACAGCAACGGUCUCCGCGACGACUUCCGCUAUGGCUUCCUCACCGCCCUCGACACGCGCAUUCGCAAUCUCAACAAGAUGGGAAAGAGGGUGAUCCUCACGGGAGAUCUGAAUGUGUCACGCGAGGAAAUAGAUACGGCCAAGGCAGAAGAGAGCAUGCGCUCCGAAGGCAUCACAAGGGAGGACUACAUGAACGCUCCGAACAGGCGCGUCUUCAACCAACUUCUCGCACACGGCAAGAUCUAUGGAGCCCGUGACGAGGGAAGAGAUGAGCCGGUUCUUUGGGAUCUUUGCCGGGAAAUGCACCCGGAACGCGAGGGCAUGUUCACGCAUUGGGAACAGAAGAUCAACGCUCGACCCGGCAACUUUGGCUCGCGUAUCGACUAUGUGCUCUGCAGCAUCGAAAUGAAGGACUGGUUCCAGGACGCAAACAUACAAGAGGGUCUGAUGGGAUCGGAUCAUUGUCCUGUAUACGCAUCUACCAAGGACGUCGUAGACUAUGAAGGUGAACAGGUGCACAUGGUCGAUCUCAUGAACGCCCCCGGUGUCUUCAAGGAUGGUGUGAGAAUGAGAGAGUACAGUCCUGCUCAGGACUUGCGCCCUCUUUCUGGUCGGCUUCUGCCCGAGUUCGACAAACGGCGCAGCAUCAAGGAUAUGUUCAGCAAGGCUCGCGUGCCUCCCAAGGCUCCGUCGCCACCGCAGCAGUCUCCGCCUGAGCUACAAGCAAGUUCUACAGGUCAAUUGAAACCCGCAGUUGUCCCCGAUGCGCCGCACACAGUCAAUGGCUCCAACGACAACCAGAAGAUAACGCUCAAUGCGCCCGAGAAACGUCGCGCCUCGGACGCACCGCUCGCGAGCUCUACAAAGAAGAGCAAGACCAACGCCGUUGUUUUCUCCCAGACCCGAUCGUCCUCUGGCAAAGGCCAACAAUCUCUUCGAGGCUUCUUUGCGCCCAAAUUCUCUUCUGCGAAACCCAAGCAAGAAGACUCCUCGGGCGACUAUGCGCUCGCCAAAAAGCUUUCACAAGACCCACCCGCAAGCCCAGAGGAAGCCAGACUUCCCUCCUCCUUACCGCCGCCUGCCACGCCGCCGCCCAUCCGUGACCCCGAAGCCUCGAAAGAGUCCUGGGUCAAACUCUUCUCCAAGAAGCCGCCUCCCCGUUGUGAAAGCCACGACGAGCCCUGCAAGAGCUUCAUAACAAAGAAGCCAGGCGUCAACUGCGGGAGGCACUUCUGGACAUGCUCAAGGCCGUUGGGACCUUCCGGGCAGAAGGAGAGCGGGACGCAGUGGCGGUGCGGGACGUUCAUAUGGGCGAGCGACUGGAAUGCGCCCAGUCCGCAGAAGUAGCAGCACGAUGGUAGCUGUCGCUGGGUCGUUGGGUAAGCGGGCUGGGGUCGAUCUUGAGGGUUGAUAGCGAGUCAGCACGAUACCAAUGGCAUCCUCUCCACGCAGAUCUGCUGGAGUUAAUUUUCUCCCAAA